GGGACGAGAUCACGAGCACCCAAUUCCAUUUCUCUCUCUCUUUUUAAAAUUCUUCUUUUUUCUUCUUUCCUCCUUUACCAUCUCCAUUCUCCAGCGACCUAGUCGAAAAGUCUUUCUCCUCCUCUCAAUUCCCAUCGAUGGAUCAAAAGCCUCUCGGAUUGCUCACGAUUCACGUCAAACGAGGGAUUAAUCUCGCCAUUCGCGACCACCGCAGCAGCGAUCCUUACAUCGUUAUCACCGUCGCCGAUCAGACAUUGAAGACACGAGUGGUGAAACGAAAUUGUAAUCCAGUAUGGAACGAAGAAAUGACUGUUGCUAUCAAAGAUCCCAAUGUCCCAAUUCGCUUGACAGUGUUUGACUGGGACAAGUUCACAGGAGAUGACAAAAUGGGAGAUGCAAACAUAGACAUUCAACCAUACUUGGAUUCUCUGAAAAUGGGGAUGGAGCUUUUGAGGCUACCCAAUGGAUGUGCCAUCAAAAGGGUUCAACCAUCAAGGCACAAUUGUUUAUCAGAUGAGAGUAGCAUUGUUUGGAACAACGGUAAGAUCACUCAAGACAUGAUCCUUAGACUUAACAAUGUCGAGUGCGGCGAGCUUGAAAUCAUGCUUGAAUGGCAUGAAGGUGCUGGUUGCAGAGGCAUCGCUUCCUCUUCCAAAGGUGGCUCUUCCUCUACUUAAAACUAAUGUUCCUUUUUUUUUGGUGUGUGUGUUUUUGUAUCCCAUCUGUUGUUGUUUCGAUAUAUAUAUGUAUAAGCAAGCAAUUAU